CGCUUUGUAAUGAGUUCUUGCUUUACAAACAUUGCAUUGACGGCGAUUGGAGCUCCCGGCGACUUCCCAAAAUCCUGAAACAAAGGUUGCCAUAUGCAUGAUAAUGAUCGUUUCCUGAUAUUUUCCCACCACUAAUCUGCGCCAUGGCUAGCCAGCGUGCCCUUCCUCAGAGCAAGGAGGCCCUCCUCAAGUUGUACAAUAAGAAACUCAAAGAUGACAUCAAGUCGAUGUUGGAUAACUUUACAGAGACCAUCAAGCUAGCAAGAGGAGAAGAAGAAUCCCAGGUGUCCAAGACAACACAGAUAGAACAAGACCAGUACGAAAUGCAGGUCCGCGGCUCCAACAUUGUGAGAGCUGGAGAAUCUCUGAUGAAGCUGGUGUCAGAUCUGAAGCAGUUUCUCAUUCUCAAUGACUUUCCCUCCGUGAACGACUCCAUCACAAAGAACACUAAACUAUACAAAGAUCUACAGGGUGAAUGCGACGCCAAACUGUUAUCACUCCGUGACGAUAUGGCUGUCGACUUGUUUGAACUGGAGGACGAGUAUUACUCUUCAAGUUACAAGUGACCUUACAUUGUCUACAUGUAAGGGAAACUUCAUUGUCAUGGAAUGACAAGGCUGUUUAAUAGUUUGCGAUCGAGAUGUGUAUCAUUUACUACGUUUCAACAAGAGACAAAAUUGCUACAGUGCUAACAGUCACAUAAUGAUAUGACUUGUUGAUAGUUUGGUCUUGAGAUGUGUACCAUUAAACACAGCGAGACAAAAGUCCUAUAGCUUUAUCAGCCUAUUUCAAUGUCACAGAAUGAUACAGCUGUUGAAUAAAUUGCACUUGAGAGAAGUAUCAACUACUUCAUUUUAACACAGUGAGACAAAAUAGGUAUAACUUUAUCAGAGAUGACAUUGCUAUUCCUCCAUGUCCAACUCUUAGGAAUCUGCACAGGGGUACAGACACAUGUGUUUGAACUGCUGAGGUUUAUUCUUAAUAACUGUGUUUAAACUCAUUACUCGAAUUCAAAUUAACAUAAAUUUAUACGAUAAGUGAAUAAACAGAUUAAUUUUUAA